UGAUUGCAUCUGUUGACGAUUGUAUCUGGAUUUGCACAAUGAAUUCGGCCUUUUACUGUGUCUGGUGCAAUGUCAUCGCCUCCCUAACUGGCGUUUACUGAGUAAAAAUACACACAUUCACAGCCUAACGAACGCAACCUCGGGUGUUAAGUCGAAAGUCAACGGAGAGGACAUGUAAAGCCAUCGUUUUAAAAAGGAGGAAUUGUAUACGCUGACUAAGGAGAACCCAUGAAGUUCACAUAUCGAACCUUUCUUUUAUAAGGUCCUGCUGUAGUUCUGGUCUGUAUCCAGUCUCCUCUCUAAAUGGCGAUAGCACGCCAGUUUGGAUUACUCUUGUGGAAGAACUACCUUCAGCAGAAGCGUCAGAUCCUGGUGACUCUAGUGGAGAUCGCCCUGCCCCUGCUCUUCUCGGGCAUCCUCAUCGUGCUGCGCGAGAACGUGCCCUUCAAGGACUAUCCCAACGCCACGCUCUACCAGAGCUUCUCUGUGGAUGGCCUGCAGUACCCACUGGACAACUACCAUCACUACCAGUUGGCCUACGUGCCGGGCAAUGCCAGUGUGGUGCGGCGGGUGGCGGAGGACGUGCAGCGCAGCCUGGCACCCGUCAUCAGUUCAGUGCAUGGGUUUGAGACAGAGGAGCAGUUUGAGGACUUUGUGAGGAAGGACCCUCAGUCUCGGAAGGUUCUGGCUGCUGUGGUGUUUGAGCACUCCUUCACUCACGAUGAUGAGCCACUGCCCCAACAGGUCAGCUACCACCUGCGGUUCAGCUUUAGUCCCCGUAAUGCCCCGGCCAAGGAGAAGUCUGAGCUAAACAUCAACAAUGACUUUGACUGGCACACCCUCAACUUGUUCCCCCUCUUCCAACUGCCCGGGCCCAGGGAGCAGUACGACCUCCAGGGGGGCACGCCUGGUUACUUCCGCGAGGGCUUCCUGGCAGUGCAGCAUGCGGUCAACAAGGCCAUCAUGCGUUCCUAUAACAGCACAGGAGCAGCCUGGCUCCUCUCCCACACCCGGGUGGUCCUCCGCCGAUUCCCCUUCCCGCCGUUCAUCUACGACGUGUUCAUCCUGGCCAUCCAGAACCAGCUGCCCCUCCUCCUGGUGCUGAGCCUCACCUAUACCUCUCUGAACAUCGUGAGGGCCGUGGUGCAGGAGAAGGAGAGGAAGCUCAAGGAGUACAUGCGGAUGAUGGGCCUCAGUAACUGGCUGCACUGGACGGCCUGGUUCCUCAUGUUCUUCCUCUUCCUCGCCAUCUCCAUGUUCUUCGUCACGCUGCUCUUCUGCAUCAAGGUGAGCCCUAAUGGAGCUGUGUUGACCUAUAGUGACCCCACCCUGGUCUUUGUCUUCCUGCUUGUCUUUGCCGUGGCAACCAUCAACUUCAGCUUCAUGAUCAGUGCCUUCUUCUCAAGAGCCAAUGUGGCGGCUGCGGCGGGCGGCUUCAUCUACUUCCUGUCCUACCUGCCGUACGUGUUCCUAUGGCCUCGCUACGACCUGCUUAGCCACGCCCAGAAGGUGUCUGCCUGCCUCAUCUCCAAUGUGGCCAUGGCCAUGGGAGCGCAGCUACUAGGCAUGUUUGAGGGCAAAGGCACGGGGAUCCAGUGGUGUAACCUGUUUGAGUCGGUGACGGUUGACGAUGACUUCUCCCUGGCCCAGGUGCUGGGGCUGCUGCUGCUGGAUGCCCUGCUCUAUGGCCUGGUGGCCUGGUACGUGGAGGCUGUGUUCCCAGGGGAGUACGGAGUCCCUCUGCCCUGCUACUUCUUCCUACUGCCGUCCUACUGGUGCAGCAGCCCCCGCAUGGCCAUGGUGAAGGAAGAGGAAGACGUGGAGAAGGCUCUGAAGGGAGAGUUCAUCGAGGAGGAGCCAGCCGGACUGGUCUCAGGAGUCAAGAUCAAACACCUGAACAAGGAGUUCAAAGUGGGUAACAAGACGCGGCAGGCUGUCAAGGAUCUGACAGUGAACAUGUUCGAGGGCCAGAUCACAGUUCUGCUGGGGCACAACGGAGCCGGGAAGACCACCACACUGUCCAUGCUGACAGGUCUGUUUCCUCCCAGCAGUGGCAGGGCCUACCUUAACGGCUAUGACAUCUGUCAGGACAUGGCUCUGAUUCGCCACAGCCUGGGCCUGUGUCCGCAGCACGACGUGCUCUUUGACAACCUCACUGUCCGGGAGCACCUGCUAUUCUACACACAGCUGAAGGGGUAUUCUCAGGAGAAGAUUCCAGCUGAGGUGGACCGGAUCAUCAGGAUUCUGAACCUGGAGGACAAGCGACAUUCCCACUCCAAGACCCUGUCAGGUGGGAUGAAGAGGAAACUGUCCAUUGGCAUCGGCCUCAUCGGAGACUCCAAGGUGGUGAUGUUGGAUGAGCCCACAUCGGGCAUGGACCCGUCGGCGAGGCGGGCCACCUGGGACCUGCUCCAGGGCGAGAAGCGCGGGCGCACCAUCCUGCUGACUACGCACUUCAUGGACGAGGCCGACCUGCUGGGGGACCGUAUAGUCAUCAUGGCUGGGGGAGAGCUGCAGUGCUGCGGCUCUCCUCUGUUUCUCAAGAACAAAUACGGUGCUGGCUACCACAUGGUGAUCGUGAAGGAUGCGCUGUGCAACGUGUCUGAGAUCACACGGCUGGUCCACAUGUACGUUCCCAAUGCCACGCUGGAGAGCAGUGCUGGUGCUGAGCUCUCAUACAUUCUGCCCAAAGAGAGCACCAACCGGUUUGAGCUGCUGUUUGCAGAGCUGGAGAUGAACAGAGAGGAGCUGGGCAUCGCCAGCUAUGGAGCCUCUGUCACCACCAUGGAGGAGGUCUUCCUCAGAGUGGGGAAGCUGGUGGAUUCUAGCCUGGACAUCCAGGCCAUCCAGCUUCCUCCGCUGCAGUACCAACACGAGAGACGCUCCCACGACUGGACCAUGGACGACACCAGCAGCUAUAGCGGCAUGACGGACGUCACCGACUUCACUGACAGCGGCACGCUCAUCUCUGAGGACUGCUCCAACAUCAAGCUCAACACCGGGGCCAGACUGUACAUGCAGCAGUUCUAUGCCAUGUUCCUGAAGCGGGCGCUCUAUAGCUGGAGGAACUGGAAGGUGAUUGUGGCCCAGUUCCUGGUGCCCCUGGUGUUCACCGUGCUGGCCCUGGUGGUGGCAAAGACCUUCCCCGGGCGUCACGACUCACCGCAGCUGAGGCUGGCACUGGGCCGCUACGGCCCCACCACCGUGCCCGUGGCCCUGGAGCCCGGCAAGGGACCGCUGGCAAUCGCCCUGGCACAGGUGUAUUCUUCACAAUUGGCCGCCCAGCAAGCCCAGGACGUCAAUAUUAGGGACUUCACGGAGUACGUGCUCACCAAGACCGAGGAGGAGGGCGGGGCAUUCAACGAGCGCUGCGUGGUGGGUGCAUCAUUCAGAGGCGGCACGGGGAAGUUUGCCGAGGUCACGGCCUACUUCAAUAACCAGGGCUACCACACGGCCGCUACAGCCCUGAUGAUGGUGGACAACACCCUGUUCAAAAUGCUGGCCGGGCCCAACGCAUCGAUUAUGACUGGAAACAUGCCCAUGCCCCGCAACGUCUCCGAGAGCGCCCAGAGUCAGCUGACAGAAGGUCAGACGGGCUUUGCCAUCGCCAUCAACCUGAUGUAUGGCAUGGCAUCCCUGUCCAGUACCUUCGCCCUGCUCCUGGUCACAGAGCGUUCACUCAAGUCCAAGCACGUACAGCAGGUCAGCGGCGUCUACCUCUCCAACUUCUGGUUCUCUGCACUGCUCUGGGACCUGGUCAACUUCUUCCUGCCCUGCAUGCUCAUGCUGGUGGUGUUCCGGGCGUUUGGGGUCAAGGCCUUCGUAGCAGACAACCACCUGGUUGACGUGUUAUUACUCCUGCUGCUAUAUGGCUGGGCCGUCAUCCCCCUCAUGUACCUGCUCAGCUUCCUGUUCUCCACCGCUGCCACCGCCUACACCCGCCUCACCAUCUUCAACAUCAUCAGCGGCACCGCCACCUUCCUCACCGUCACCAUCAUGACCAUCCCAGAGCUAUAUCUACAGGACCUGUCUCGUAACCUGGACAAGGUGUUCCUGCUCUUCCCUAACUACUGCCUGGGCAUGUCCUUCAGCCAGUUCUACCAGAACUACCAGUUCAUCACCUUCUGCACCCCCAACCCCGUGACCAUGGCCUUCUGCCGUGCCUUCAACAUCACGUACCAGGAGAACUACUUCUCCAUGUCGGAGCCGGGGGUGGGGCGUUUCCUGGUGGCCCUGUCCCUGCAGGGUGUAGUCUUCAUCACCCUCCUCUUCAUCAUCGAGAUGCAGUGUGUCAAAACCCUCCGCCGCUUCCUCACCCACCUCGCCAGCAGACGUAAACAGUUGCCUCUGAUGGGGGAUGCGGCCCUACUGCCGGAGGACAGGGACGUAGCGGAGGAGAGGAAGAGGGUUCUGGAGUGUCAGCCCAUAGUAGAAUCUAUGGUGGGGAGCCCACUCAUUCUGCAGGACCUCAGCAAGGUAUACAGCAGUGGAGAAACAGUACUGGCGGUAGACAGACUCUCUCUAGCAGUGGGGAAAGGAGAGUGUUUUGGCCUGCUGGGUUUCAAUGGAGCAGGGAAGACCACCACCUUCAAGAUGCUCACCGGGGACGAGACUGUCACCUCUGGCGAUGCCUACAUUGACGGCUACAGCAUUCUGAGGGAUGUCAAGAAGGUACAGCAGCGGAUUGGCUAUUGCCCGCAGUUCGAUGCUGUCCUGGAUCACAUGACAGGAAGAGAAACGCUGAGCAUGUAUGCUAGGCUCCGGGGGAUACCAGAGAAAUACGUGUCAGGCUGCGUGGAGAACGUGCUACGGUCCUUACUACUGGAGCCCCAUGCUGACAAACUGUGCCGCAGCUACAGUGGGGGCAAUAAGAGGAAGCUGAGUGCAGCUGUGGCUCUGAUUGGUGGACCCCCGGUCAUCUUCCUGGAUGAGCCAUCCACUGGCAUGGACCCGGUUGCUAGGCGACUGCUGUGGGACGCUGUGACGCGCACCCGGGAGUCUGGAAAGGCCAUCAUCAUCACCUCUCACAGUAUGGAGGAAUGCGAGGCCCUGUGUACCCGGCUGGCGGUGAUGGUGAACGGUCAGUUUAAGUGUCUGGGCAGUCCCCAGCACCUGAAGAGUAAGUUUGGCAGCGGCUACACACUACUGGCUAAAGUACGAGUGCACAAGGAGGUGGAGGAUAGCGACCUGCAACUCUUCAAGGACUUCAUCGAGAGCACCUUCCCAGGAAGUCUACUAACAGAUGAACACCAGGGCAUGGUGCACUACCACUUAACUGACAAGACUCUUACCUGGGCACAGGUGUUUGGCACCCUGGAGGCAGCCAAAGAGAAGUACAACAUCGACGACUACGCUGUGAGCCAGAUCUCCUUGGAACAGGUGUUCCUCAGCUUCGCCCAGUUCCAGCACUGCAGCAGGAAAUAGAUACAGCGAGGAGGAAGAAGAGGGGAGCUCCAUCUCUCUGUUUCUCUCUCUGUCUGUCCAUCUGUCCUGUGUAUCUCUCCACUCUGUGUGGCUGACCUGUGUACAUGGGCUCGACUAUGUGACGCGCCACUGAGCUAUGAUCAGGUCUUGAUCUACAUACACACAGACAGACACUGUGCAGUGAUGGAGCAGAGUUUGAAUCCCUGGACACCCGGUCUUCAACGUGGCCGUGUUACCCCAGCUCCCUCUAACCCCGCUGGGCUUGGACCGCCAACCAGACUGGACCUGUUGAUCCAAGCCUGGGUCUUAACCAUCAACCACUCCUUUCUCUUCUGUUCAAUCAGUUUGUGUGUUGGACAUUUAGGUCAGUACAGAGGCACGGUUAGGGUUAGGGAGUUCUGUUUAGGGGGGGGGGGUCUGCUGUACGACCAAGUAAGGAACCUUAGAUGUUACCCCUUUUUUGUCUUUGAUGUUUAAGACCAUGUAUACAACUGGAUACCACUGGAUAUGAUGGUCUACUCUGUAUAAUACAACUCAGCCUUGUGAAUGUGUGACAGGCAGGGUUGUGAAUGUGUGACAGGCAGGGUUGUGAAUGUGUGACAGGCAGGGUUGUGAAUGUGUGACAGGCAGGGUUGUGAAUGUGUGACAGGCAGGGUUGUGAAUGUGUGAUGUGUGACAGGCAGGGUUGUGAAUGUGUGACAGGCAGGGUUGUGAAUGUGUGACAGGCAGGGUUGUGAAUGUGUGACAGGCAGGGUUGUGAAUGUGUGACAGGCAGGGUUGUGAAUGUGUGACAGGCAGGGUUGUGAAUGUGUGACAGGCAGGGUUGGU